AAUUGGCGUUAAUUGGAAUCGUCUGUGAUCACAUUCGGGAUUAUCCUGUGCGUGUGUGUGCGUGCGUGCAUCUCCGUUCCGUGUCGGACGGGAAAUGUAGAAAUUUGGACGCUACGAAAAAGACAAUGAAAGACACGUCAUCGAGGUGUUCAGCCAAGAAUCGCUGUAUCUUGAUUGUAAUUCAAAUUCAAUGAUUGACACGCAAAACUACCGUAGAUCUUUUUAGGGAAAUCACAUUUCGGAAUUCUAAGCAAACAUAUAGAGGAAUUCCUGUAAUGGCCUCUAAUAUGGACACAGUGGGAACAUUUGAAAUGGCAAAAGCAUUAUCAAAGCACGGCCUUUUUACUACGAUUCAUAAAUAUUACACCGCAGAUGAAUGGAAAAGUUUCGCCACGCUUAAUCCGGACUGCAUAAAGAACGUAGCGGCCAGCUCGGGAACAGGAAAUGAGGAUUACGAACGCCUCUUGAGUAUUCUGGACGUAGUGCCAGAGCUGUCGUUCAUAUGCUUGGACGUCGCGAACGGCUAUUCCCAACAUUUUGUCGAGCACGUGAGAAAAGUAAGAGCGCGAUAUCCGAACCACACCAUAAUCGCAGGAAAUGUUGUGACAGGAGAAAUGGUGGAAGAACUGAUACUUUCCGGGGCAGAUAUAAUUAAAGUGGGAAUCGGGCCUGGUUCCGUGUGCACGACGCGAAUGAAAACCGGCGUGGGCUAUCCCCAGUUGAGCGCGGUAAUUGAGUGCGCGGACGCGGCACACGGCUUGAAGGGACACAUUAUUGCCGACGGUGGUUGCACCUGUCCGGGUGAUUUGGCAAAAGCGUUUGGUGCCGGCGCGGACUUCGUCAUGGCGGGCGGCAUGUUUGCCGGCCACGAUGAAUGCGGGGGCGAAACUAUAGAGAAGAAUGGUAAGAAAUUCAAGCUCUUCUACGGGAUGGCCUCCAGCACGGCCAUGAAGAAGCAUGCUGGCGGAGUUGCGGAUUAUAGAUCUUCAGAGGGAAAGACUGUCGAAGUGCCUUACAGAGGUUUCGUCGAGAAUACCGUGCUGGACAUUUUAGGCGGCCUGAGAUCCGCUUGUACUUACACGGGAGCUGAGCGUUUGCGCGAAUUGCCGCGGCGAGCGACAUUUAUACGCUGCACGCAACAAUUAAAUCCCAUGUACGGCCCGCCGCCGGAAAUGUAAAGCGUUUGUAAUUAUAUAAGUGUUAAAUUAUACUCCCUAGUAAAAGGCUUAGGAAAGAAAUGUUUAACAGCAAUACUUGUUGACCGCGUAUUAUUUGCUGGCGAAUAAUAUUUAUAUAUGGGUGAAAAUAUUAUGUGUAUGUAAAUAUAUAUAUAUACACGCGACCUUGCUAAAAUGUUUACCAUUUAUGUGAUAACAUUCAAGUAUUACGAAUUAUUGCUGAGUACGCUCAAACAAGAGAAUGUUACACGUCAAUCUCUAUAUGCACAAAUA